AUGUCGUCCGACGGCUUGCUGAAGAGCAAGACAAGUUCAAAUCGCACUCCAUCAAUAGAGAAUGCUGUCUCACAUAUCAUGACUCCGGGGUCAUCAUUGGACCCCACUUUUAUACUCCUCCUAGAUUGUUCGCUUGGGUUACUCCUCUCCGUUUUCGUGCUCCUGCUGAUCAUGUCCAAGAGCCUCCACUUUGUCGCACUAAUAGCCAUUGAGCUUGGACUUUGGGCUAGUGUGAAGCUCUAUGUUGCAGAGUUGCGAAAAGAAAACGAAGCACGUUCUACGGAAUGUGUCGCUCAGCCUCCUAAAGAAAAAUCUGACUGA